AUUGUUAGAAUUUCUUUAAAAUAAUUACACAAUUUGAAAGCUGGGACUUUGUUUAAUAUCAUAAGUAACAACCUGCUCUGUCUUGUCUGUUGACAUGUUGUCAGUGUCUUCUUAGCUCCGCGAUGUAUUUUUCACUCUGUGAGCCGUGAGAGCGCCAUAGCUUGUCAGACAAAGCAACAGUAACUAAGGGGGCGGGUCUUUGCGAAUUAAUGACAGAAAUGUAAUUUUUGGGUGAACUAAUGCUUUAAUGGAAAAAAAUAAAAAUUUCAUUACCAGUUUGUCAUUAAAUCAUAAAAAUAUCAGUCUUAUAUAGUCUUAUAUCAGUAUUAUAUCCCUGUCACAUAUAUUAUACAUUAUGAAGCGGUGGGGACAAAAUCAGCAAUGUCCAUCAUGAGCUUCCUUUCUUUUUUCUUUCUUUCUGUAAUAUCAGAUGUACAUGUUUGUUUUCAUGGUUCAGUUAUCAUUUUGCUUCAACAUUACUGUAUUUAUACAACCACACACUGUUCUUUGUGGUGAUAUCAGUGAAAUCUGAUCAUUGUUUGUAGCUGUGCCUGUGCUCAGUAGGUACCUGAGCUCAUCGAUGCUGAUGCUGUACAUCUCUGACAGAAGCACAUGCUGAUGCCCAAGCGUGUGCUGCUGUACGUGAUUCAUUGCAAAAAAACUCAUUACACAUGUGGUUUGUGUGUGAAAUACUGCUGAUAAGGUGUUUAGUGUGUGAGUUAAAGUGAUUGGAGUGAUGUUGACUUGCAAUAUGACAAAUCUGGGUCAAUGUAACCACCCACCCCCCUUCACCACCACAGGCUACAAAAGGCAAGACUGAAAAAAGCAAAGAGGAUGAGGAUACCAUCACCAGGCUCUCUUUGCUCAGCCCCAGAUGCCUCCGCUCCCUCUUGACGAGCGCAUAGUGGUUAUUCAGCGCCCCAAAAGUUUGGCCUUGCGCGUGGCCUCCCCACCAACCACAUCACAGUCUUCCUCCCACCGCCCAGCCACUCACAACGAGCCCCCACCCCGCUUACCACAGCCCCAAGUCCCACCACCCCGUUCCUAUCCAGUUUCCAACUACUUGUCUCUGGAAUGCCAGCGCAGGCAGUCGUCUCAUGUUCAGAGAGAAAAAGGAGAACGAGGUGCUCCCUUUGAGGGCAGCGGCCACAAUGCUAGCCAUUGUCACAGCAAUGGGACUGUAACUUUAGGUCCCAGACCUCACAAGCACACGCAUACCAUUGACAUUAAAGUGUCUUUAGACCAAGGUGGAAGAGGAGGAUCUUACAUAGACAAAGGCCGCAUCAGUAGUCUUACCCGAAGUGGAAGCAUCAAGGGGAACAGAACUAAACGGGUGUCCCUGCACUUAGAUCCAGGUCAAGGUGAAAGGAAAUGCAAAGGAAAGUCUUCAGAGUCAGUGGAGAAGCACCAGAACCAUCAUCAGAGUCAAAACAGGACUCAGCACAGUAGCCAUCAUCCAAGCCAACUUACAGUCUCUCCUGGAGGGAUCCUGGAAUUUGUACCAGCCCAAAGACAGCAGUCAAAAUCCAAGCUUACUAGAGAUAGAGACUUGUCAUCAAAGUCUUGUUCUGCAACUACCAGCUACCCAUUGCACAGUGAGAAGGACGUAUCAUCUGUAGGAAACAAAGAAAACUCCAAACUGGGACCCGGCCACCAACUGCCCCACGCCCACAGCCUAUCCCGUCACCACAGUUCAGCCCCAUUACCCCAUGCUGCCAUCCUAAGCCCUCACUACCCUGCUGUUCCACCCUCACUCCCUUCCCGAGCCCCUUCCUCCUACCAGCACAUUAGUCAACCUCGUCCCUCACGCACUAGAGAACAUCGGCCCCAAAUUCUUCACGCUUUGCCUCUCUCCCCUACUUCCUCCCGAGGAGGCUUCCCCAGUCCUGACCACACAUGUACGAUUGACUUUUCCCACCCUUGUGGCUGUUGGAGGUUGGUGCGUUGUAGAAGAGGUAGAGGUCAUUCAACUGGCUACCACGGUCGUAGUACAAGCCCAUCCUCUUCUUUUUCCCACACCCAAGGAACAAGUGCUGCCAACGGAGGUGGCGGAACCAUGGGAUUGAAGACUUUAGGAGGGUGCCUGUCAACUGCUUCCACCACCAACACCUCCUCUUCCAACAGCACUGUCUCGGACUGUCGCACAGGGCUGCUCAGACCUUUAGGUUGUGCAUCCUGUUCUGGAGAAGCUGGAGGUUUUGAGAGCCCUGCUGCUUUCCGUAAGAAACUGGUUGGUGGUUGCUUACCCUGUACUCCUCUGUCCUCAUCUGCACCUCUUCGAGCACUCCAGAGUUGCGUCAGUGGGUGCAAUCCCAAAGCAAGCCAAACUGGAAGCUCCACAUGCAGCUACUGCAGUAGUGACCCCAUUGUAGUGACCUUUAACCCACACAGAGGGAAUCCUCCCAACAUGGGCCGUAAUAUUGGAGCACAUACCAUGGGAGGAUACCAGCCCGAUGAUGACGAUUACAGUGUACGCACAAUCUGGCCAGAGGAGCUAGCAAAAAAGAUGACUCGCUCUAAAACCCAACCUAUCCACCACAAUGCAGGGAAUAGCAUGGGCUCGGGAAGGACCUGCAUGGGCCACAACCAGAAUAGCGGCAAUGGCGGAAAUCCUGUAAUCCUUGACUGCCGGAACCUUAUGGAGUUCACUCGUUCCCAGUUGACAGAUCAGGCAGGACGACGUAGGCUCCAGCAAGGCAAGAUGGCGGUUUUGGACUUUAUCGGAUCAGGGAAUAGUGGGGACCAGGGCAGGGAUUCCCUCAAGAGGCUAUGGAACAAAGGAGCAGAUGCUUGCAUGGGGGAUGGCAACGGGUUUGAUGAUGAAGUGCUUCCACAAUCCCCGUCCCUGCGCUCUCCUUCUCCAGAUUCUCCUCCAUCAUUCUCUCCCCCACCUUCUGCUCCUAGCACACUUAUUAAGCCCAAACCCAAACAGAGGGAGAGGGAAGGUGGACACACCUUACCCUCUGCACAGUCGCUCCACUUGGUCCUCAACUCACUCAACAGAGAACAAGAUGAGGAAAAUGGACGAGUGCACCUUUCCCUCCCUCUUUCCUCCUCCCUCCCAGCGUCACUGUCUGAGGAGAGUGUGAUGACCCCAGAUGUGGAGAAUGCUGUGAUCAGCCCCAUCCUCCCUUUUCUUUUUCUGGGUAACGAGAGAGAUGCACAGGAUUUGGAUCUACUGCUUCGUCUCAAUAUUGGUUUUGUGGUCAAUGUCACAACCCAUCUUCCUCUCUACCACCUGGACACAGGCUUGGUGCGUUACAAAAGGCUCCCUGCUACUGACAACAGCAAGCAGAACCUGCGACAGUACUUUGAAGAGGUUUUUGAGUUUAUCGAGGAAGCGCACCAGUGUGGACGGGGUGUUCUUGUGCACUGCCAAGCAGGCGUGUCCCGCUCAGCGACUAUUGUCAUUGCUUACCUUAUGAAGCACACCCUCAUGACCAUGACUGACGCCUAUAAGUAUGUGCGGGGUCGGCGACCGAUAGUCUCCCCCAACCUCAACUUCAUGGGCCAGCUGCUAGAGUUUGAGAGAGACCUCAACUCUGGGGUAACACCUCGCAUCCUCACCCCCAAACUGAGUGGCCUGGAAACACAAGUUUAAAAGGAUGGAGCAAGAAAGAAAAAAGAAAACAAGAGGGAAAAAGGAGAUCAUUAGGAAGAUGGAAUUAAUGGAGAGAAACGAAUGGAUAGAAAAUGUUGCGACAGUUGAGAUUAAGGAUUUUGACAGAGAGAGAAAGAGCGAGAUACAGAAAUAACCAGAAGAUGAAAGAAGUUUGAAAGAAAUAGAGAGAAAUAAAGGGUCUUUCGUCUGUUUUAAUUGAGGUACCUCUGCUCUUUUAAAUCUUUUUGUUUCAUAUAAAUAGCACUUACAUUACAAAUGGAUAUUUGCGCUACCCACCCUGAUACUCUGUUAAUGAUGUGCCAAGUUUUAAUUUAAAAUAACAAUUCACUUCACUUAAAGUAUUAUUAUAUUACUAUUAUUAAGUUUGGUUAAAUACAAAUGUUAUGUAAGAUUAUUUAGGGAAAAACAAAUGCAAUCAAAGUAUUCUCUGGCUGUCAAGCACAGAAAAAUAUUCAAUGUUUUGAGUUUCUCAGAACUGUGACGUGCAUCACAUUCGAGACCCAAGAGCUGUAGCAAACUUCAAACUCCUUUUCCACUGUGCAUAGAACUUUUCUAGACAGACUAUUUUUGAAUUGGGAGAUCGUUUGAAAGUGCUUUUUUUGGUUACUUUUGCGUUAGCUGCCAACUAUUUAUAAAUUUCUCCACUGACAUGAAGAUUCAUUUUGCCUUUGAAAUUUUUUCGAUACUGCUAUUUUUGUUACUUGAUUUUACUUCUUGAAUCCUUCAUCUUAGUGUCUUUGUGUGGGAGGUGUGCAAUAGAGACUGAUGUUGAUGUGGAAGUGGAACUGAUUUAAUUUAUUUUUCGCUCUGACAUUGUUUCACUAAUGGACAUUUUUCAUGGGACAUGAACCAGCCACUAUAAUGGCAGAUAACAUCCAAAAAUCAUAUUUUAUCUUAAGAUAUUGCACAGAGGGCAAUUUGUAUAGAGCACUGUGUAAUGAAAAAAAAAGCAAAAGUGCACAAUAGACUAUACAAUAGUUUUUUUUAUUGUCUUUUUUAUUCAGCUGACUAGUUAUUUAACUUUGUGCAAGCAGUGCAUUGGUUCAAUUUACACAUUUAAUUUUAUUUUUGUGCUUUCUUUAUAUUUUAUUGCUGUCUUUUUUGUGCUGCAAAUGGUGUUUUGAAAUUAUGAGGAGAAAGAUCUUGUGAAAUCGAACGCAAAUCCUAUUUUACAUUUUUAAAAAGGAAUAUCUACACUGUUUAUUAUUUUGCAAAAUUACUUUGACUGGAUUGGGCCAAGUCAUCAUCAUAAAUCUCUCUCUUCAGUA